AUGUAUUCCGCCAUCUUCAACACCUUCUUCAAGAGAAACGCAGCAUUUGUUGGAACCGUGUUUGCGGGUGCGUUUGUGUUUCAAGCGUACUUUGAUGCUGCUGUGACCAGCUGGUACGAAAACAGAAAUAAGGGCAAGCUAUGGAAGGACGUCAAGCUCCAAUUGCAAGCCGGUGAUGAUGAAGACGAAGACGACGAGUAA